AUGGUUGCCAUCAGUGUUCCGGAUAGCUACGGUUCCGUCAUCGCCGUUGCCCUAGGCGCAAUCCCCGUCCUAGGCUUCGUCCACGGCCUCAUCGUGACCAGCAGCCGCAAAGAAGCCAAUGUGCCUUAUCCCCACAGCUACGCGACCAUCGAGCAAUGCAAGACCAACCCCAAAGCCGAACAAUUCAACUGCGCCCAGCGCGCCCACGGCAACUUCCUCGAGAACGCCCCGCAGACCAUGCUCUUCACGCUCGUUGCGGGUCUCAAGUACCCCGGACUAGCUACUAGCAUUGGUGCCGCGUGGCUUGUGUGUCGAUCUCUGUUUUUGUACGGUUAUGUCUACUCGGGCAAGCCGCAGGGUAAAGGACGGUUGAUGGGUAGUUUCUUUUGGUUGGCACAGGGUGCUUUGUGGGGAUUGAGUGUGUUUGGGGUUGGGAAGGAUUUGAUUUCUUACUAG